UUGGCCCUCCAAUACGAAAAGGGGUUCAGCAGCAACCAGGGCUUACUCGCCUUCCUGGACUACAUAAUCCCCCUGCUUCCGCCAUGUUCUCAAGUCUUCGAUGCGGGCUGUGGCACAGGCAAGCCUGUGGCUCUAUCCCUCGCAGCAGCCGGACACAAAGUCACAGGCAUCGACGUGUCCAAGGCCAUGAUCACACUGAUCACAAAGGCAGUCCCGAGCGGGAAAUUCCACGUCGCAGAUAUGCGCGCCUUUGAGCCUCCCGACGCCGAGGUGGCGUUCGACGCCGUGUUCAACAUCCUGUCGCUGUUUGUGCUCAGCCGGGAGGAGAUCGAAGGGCUGAUGGCCAAGUGGAGCAGGUGGUUGAAACCGGGCGGGCUUCUCUGCAUCUGCACGAUGGCCGCGGAGGAUCUGGACCCAGAGGGCCGAGGGGGCACGUACGAUGCUGAUGGACUGUGUGCUCGAGGGAUCCGUGAGCGGUUCAUGAGCAGGGACAACUACUACACCUUGUUCACGAGGCAGGGAUGGGAUGCGAUGCUCGCAGGACUGGGGUUCGAGGUCAAGUUCACACGGACGGCUAGACAUGUACCGCCGCCAGAUGCGGAUUGUGGGCCGGAAGAUCAUUAUUAUAUUGUGGCGCAAAAA